AUGCCGGUCUCUCAGUCUCCCAUCAAGAAUCGAUGGCAUGCCUUCUCCGACAAGGCAGGGGGAUUGGUCGCUGGCUCUGGCGUCCAUAUCGUCCUAGGGGGACCAGAGGUAGAUGUGGACACGGUGGCCUCCACCUUGAGCCUAGCGCUCCACCUCAGUCAGAAGGACCCCGCCGGGCCCUCCUUCUGCGUGCCUGUGCUGCGUGGUGGUGGUGGUGGUGGUGGGGCGGGGUUGCCGGGGGAGACGGUGGAAUACCUGCAGAGAGUGGAGGUCAGCGAGAGCUCUCUGCUCUGGAGGGAGGACGUAGACCUAACGUUGCUCCAUCAGUCUGGGAGCCUCUCACUCACACUGCUGAGGGACGACGCGCUCAAUAGCUCUGAGCACAGUAUGCUGGCGUCCAGUGUGGUGCGAACGGUCCAUCGCCGCGGGCAACGAGAUGCGUGGCAGGAGGAGGAGGCGUCGUCUGCGGCGACCAUAGUCGCCAGGGAGAUUCUUCAAGAGGCAGCGGAGCAUGUCCGAGGGGUUCUGGGGGAGGUGCUCGGAGAGGCUCUGAGGCUGCAGAAGGAGAGGUUGUGGGUCCAAGAUGGCCGCCAGUCUGCCCAGCUUGAGGAGUUGGUGCAUUCUCUGGAGAAAUGGCGUGAGGUCACUGCAGUUCAACACCCAAAAAAGGAUGCCAAGCUUCAUGAUAAAGACAUUGAGCAACAGCUAACGCAAAUGCUUAAGGAAUUCACGGAUGGAGAAUUCGUCCUAGCGCUCUCCUCUAUGACCAUAGAAUCCCAGGACUGGUAUGGAUACUUGGACCAGUUAAAAUCGUUCUGCCAUCGACAUACCUAUGACAGCCUGGUUGUGGUCAAGUACACAGAUCAACCUCAACCCCCAAUGGUGCUGGUGUAUUCGGACAACAGCGACAUUCUAAAUCAGAUAUGCUGUGAGUUGGAGGAGUCUUUGAUCUGUCCCCAGUCCGUGAUGCUGGAGGCUGAGGAAUUUAUCCAAGGCUGUCUGCAGGUCUACCAUCUCCCUGGAGACAUCUUCCCCUCAGCCAGCAUGGCCGCUGAGCUGGAGGAAGGGCUCCGCAGCCAACUCAAAGCUUUUGUUGAACGGCGUAGCUUUGUGCUGGCCUGCCACCCCAGCAGCAGGACCUCUUCCACAGAGGGCGUAGCCGGGAGCGUCGAGUUCUCCCAAGGCUCUUCAGGAAUCACAGACAUGUAUGGCUCGGACACAGAGAAAACAUGUGCAGACGAGGUCUCCAUUGCAGGGGAGAUGGCAGACCGGGAAGGAGACUCAGGAAAUGCAGGAGGAGGAGUUGGUGAACUGGUGAGCCCAGACAGCGGUAUGGCCACCAUCCGCAGCAGCCGUUCCUCCAAGGAGGGCUCUGUUUUCCUGAGUGACGACAGCCCAAUCGGUGAGAAUAUGGCUGGGGCGGCGGCGACGGCAGGACCCGGGCAACCGUUCUUCAGAAACCCUUCCCCCCUCGGGUUCUCAACCCUCUCCACACCCGUCGCACCUGAGAGGAGGAAGCAACGGCGAAGCCGAAACCGGAGCGAUAACUUGGAACUGUUUAAUUUUGACCCUUUACAAAAUAGUAACUCGACCUUGCCAGUAAAGGUGUCCCUAGAAAACUUGGGGGAAACAGGAGCUGCUAGUCGAGCGGAAAGCUCCAGUCUGUCAGAAUAUGAGGAGCUGAGUUUGGUUGAUUUCUAUGCUCCUAAAUUUGGAUCUCUUGGUGGAUAG